AUGAAGAAUUGCAUCAGAUCUCUUUGCAAUGCCAAUGUUGGUAGAGACUUCAAAAUUGGCAAGGACACCAGUCUACCUGUUACAUAUAUACGUUCCGUUGAGAACCCUUUGCAGGAUCUUGGAGGAAAACCGGCUUCAGAAAGAUCUAUUCUUGCCUUCUUUGCCGGGGGCAUGCAUGGAUAUCUCCGACCAAUUCUACUACACUACUGGGAGAACAAAGAACCUGACAUGAAAAUCUUUGGCCCAAUGCCACAUGACAUUGAAAGCAAAAGAAUUUACAGGGAAUACAUGAAGAGCAGCAAGUAUUGCAUAUGUGCCAGGGGUUACGAGGUUCACACACCUCGAGUGGUUGAGGCCAUAUUCUAUGAGUGUGUGCCAGUCAUCAUAUCAGAUAACUACAUGCCUCCUUUCUUUGAGGUAUUUAAUUGGGAGGCAUUUGCAGUUUUUGUACAAGAGAAGGAUAUCCCUAAUUUGAGAGACAUUCUGCUUUCAAUCCCAGAAGAGAAGUACCUUACGAUGAUGUCGAGUGUAAAGAUGGUGCAACAACAUUUCUUUUGGCACAAGAAACCCGUGAAGUAUGAUUUAUUUCAUAUGAUACUUCAUUCAGUUUGGUACAAUAGAGUUCUUCAGAUAAAAACCAGAUGA